CACAUCGUGAUAUUAGCUCUCGUCCACCCAAAGCACUACCACAAGAGCGUGCAGUGAGGUUGAGCCAUGGAGAUUGCCAUGGGGGCCAUCGGCCCUCUCCUCCCAAAGCUUACAAGCCUGCUCGUCGGCGAGUUCACGCUGGAGAAACGAGUCAGGAAAGGCAUCGAGUCUCUCGUGACAGAGCUCACAUUGAUGCAUGCCGCCCUCCGCACGGUGGCGAAAGUGCCGCCAGAGGAGCUCGGUGAGGGGGUCAAGAUUUGGGCAGGAAAGGUGAAGGAGUUAUCCUACCAAAUGGAAGACAUCAUUGACACCUUCAUGGUUCAUGUGGAGGGCGGUGGUGAGGCUGCCAACCCGAAGAACAGAGUCAAAAAUUUGCUCAAGAAGACCAUCAAAUUAUUCAAGAAGGGCAAGAGUCUGCAUGGGAUAUCUGAUGCUCUAGAAGAAGCGGUUGGUCAGGCUAAACAAUUGGCUGAGCUGCAUCAAAGGUAUGAGCUUGUGCAUCACACCCCUGUUAGUGCUAGCAUUGAUCCUCGUGUCAUGGCUUUAUACAAAGAUGUGACAGAGCUCAUUGGCAUUGAAGAUACACGUGAUGAGUUGAUCAACAUGUUGAUUGGGGGUGAUGAUUGGUUGAACCAUCCACUGAAGGUGAUCUCUAUUGUUGGAUUUGGUGGGUUAGGCAAGACAACUCUGGCCAAAGCAGCGUAUGAUAAGAUCAAAGUGCAAUUUGAUUGUAGUGCUUUUGUUUCAGUUUCUCAGAAUCCUGACAUGAGGAAAAUUUUGAAGGAUAUUCUCUUUGAACUUGACAAGAACAAAUAUGCAAACAUUUAUAAUGCAGUAAGGGAAGAAAAGCAUCUCAUUGACGAGCUCAUUGAAUUCCUUAAUAACAAGAGGUACCUCAUCGUAAUUGAUGACAUAUGGGAUAAAAGGGUGUGGGAAAUAAUCAAGUGUGCAUUUUUCAAGAAAAGUUUUGGAAGCCGACUAAUCACAACAACUCGUAUUGUCAGUGUGUCAGAAGCAUGUUGUUCUUCUAGUGAUGAUAUUUACAGAAUGAAAGCUCUUUCUAUUGAUUUAUCGAGAAAACUCUUCUAUAAAAGAGUAUUUUCUCAUGAACAAGGAUGUCCUCAUGAGUUCGUGCAAGUAUCCGAAGAUAUCUUAAAGAAAUGUGGCGGGAUACCAUUAGCCAUUAAUGUCAUAGCAAGUCUUCUAGCUAGCAAUUGUCAAAUAAAAACAAAGGAUCAAUGGUAUGGUUUUCUCAAUUCAAUUCGUCAUGGACUUACAGAAGAACGCAGUAUGGAGGAGAUGAAGAAGAUAUUAUUACUUAGCUAUUAUGAUCUACCAUUUUAUCUGAAGCCUUGUUUGUUAUAUCUAAGUAUCUUUCCAGAAGAUCACAAGAUUAUGAGAGAUGAACUUAUAUGGCGGUGGAUAGCAGAAGGCUUCAUUUGGAGUGAAAAACAAGAUAGUUUAUAUGAGGUCGGUGAUUGUUAUUUUAAUGAGCUUAUAAAUAGAAACAUGGUCCAACCAAUGGACAUUGAUGCAGAAGAAAGGGUAGUAGCUUGUCGUGUGCAUGACAUGGUUCUUGAUAUCAUAUGUUCCUUGUCAAGUGAAGAAAUUUUUGUCACUAUAUUGGAUGGUACUAACAGAACAGUACCUAAGCCGCAAAGCAAGGUUCGUAGAUUAUCCAUCCACAAGACUGAGAAGGGCAACGUAGAUGUGGUUACAACCAGCAUGAAACAAGUAAGGUCUGUAACUCUUUUUGGAAAUGACACGGUUCACCAAAUGUCGUUUGUUUCAAGUUCUGAAGUUCUGCGUGUAUUGGCUUUAGAAGACUCUACUAUCUCAGAUAUUGGGUACGUGGAGAAUUUGUUACACUUGAGGUACUUAGGGCUAAAGCAUACACAUGCUAAAGAGCUCCCGGUGGAUAUAGGAAAGCUGCAUUUUCUGCAAACAUUGGACUUGAGAGAAACCGAACAUAUAAGGGAAUUGCCAUCAAGCAUUCUUCUGUUAAGAAAUUUGAAGUGUCUAUAUAUCAAUGCGGGUAUAAAGCUGCCAAGUGGGAUAUGUAGCUUAAUAUCCCUAGAAGUGCUAGAUGAGCCGCAGGUGGGUUGUCUAUAUUCUGAGAAAUAUAAUAUGGACAUUGUGAAAGAGGUGUGCCACUUGACCAAGUUGAGGGUGCUUACAAUUUGUUGGAAUUGCUUGGAUGAAAACGUGAAGGAAGCUAUGACGAAAUCCCUAAGUAAUUUCCAUAAAUUGCAAAGUCUUUGUAUUGCGGCCUAUCAAGAUUGUCCCAAUUCCAUGAAGCAAGGAUGGGUGCUCUCUCCACAGCUCCGCAAAUUAUGCUUGAGGGGGCCGGGGUGCUCGUUUGAAACACUGCCGGCGUGGAUUAAUCCGUCAUUGCUUCCACUGCUCUCCUACCUGCGCAUAGUGGUUGAAAAAAUGCGACCGGAGGACAUUCGGCUUCUUGGGAUGUUGCCCGCUCUCCGUUAUCUCAGCUUUAAGAUGGAAUAUUGCUCCUGGACCAUACCAAGAGAGGAUGAAGUGGAGAUGUUGGCCGUUACUGCCGAUGCCUUCCCAUGUGUGACGACGUUACACUGUUUUGGUAUUCCUGUGAGGCCAUCAACAUUCCCACGAGGAGCUGCACCAAGGCUUAAAGACCUUUAUUUCUGCUUACCGGCUAGGUUGAUCACCCAUGGCGACAUUGAUUUAGGCAUGGGGCACCUCCCAUCCCUCGAGACCGUAGAAGUUUACCUUUGGUGCAAGGAAGCCAAUGAUUCAUUAACGGAUGAAGCAGAGGCUGCGAUGAGGUCUGCAUCGAGUGACCAUCCCAAUCAUCCCCAUCUUUAUUUCAGCAAAUAG